UGUCUCACGAAAGUACUCUGUGAUCUCACGUCAGUUCGUAGGUAGUCGACGUAUAUUUUUUAUCUAAAAAUCUCUUAAAUUUACAAAACAUAAUGCAAUUUUUUUAAAAACCCCAAAUAAAAACAAAACUAAUACAAUGGAAGCUAAAGAUGUAUGUGUAGAAAUAGAAAACGAUGCAUUUUACAGCAAAUUUCUGGAAGACAAUGUGAAAACUUUAAUAAGCGAAAAUCUUACUGUCACCGAUCAAGUGAAUAAACUGGCAUUAGGAAUCGAGAAACUAGGAAAAAGCUUAGAAAAACAGGUCUUAGCGAAACACAAUGAUUUGUUAACUCAGGCAAGUCAUAUUUCCGAUUUAGAAACUACCUUAGAAUCCGUACAAUCACAAGUCCAAAGCUUAUUACGAGGUGCUCAAAAAUUAAAAGACCGUGUUGUCACCCCUUAUCAGGUGCUCGAGAAUCAGACUUUAAUGUUAGAAAGAGUACAAACCACGUGCAAUUUACUGAGACACACAUCCAAAAUCAUCAUGCUGUGGAAUAAGUUGAUAAGCGUAAAAGAAAACCCAGCAAAAGAGGCAAUCAUACUUUUCGAACUUAACGAGCUAAUAAAUGAUUAUAAUUUCGAAGGCAUCGUAUUACUUGACGAAAUUUUAAAGGAAGUAGAUCAUAAAAGAAAGGCCUUAUUGAGCAAUGCAACUGCAUCACUACAGGCUAGCUUGCUUAAUGGUGAUAAAACUAAGUUACUGCAAUGUUUCAAAGUAUUUCAUAAUUUGCAAUGUACUGAAGAGCAGAUCCGCAACACUGUUGAAAACAUAUUAAAUGACUUAAAGAAAGAAAUUGGCAAUGCCUUACAAGUAAAAAUGGAGGGAUCACAUUUUGAAUUAAAAAAAUCAGGUUCAGCUAAGACAACACCAGGGAAAGCCAAUAUGAUGAGUUCAUUAGAUUUCAAAAUAAUACUUUGGGACAAUAUUGAGAAACUGUUCAAAGAAGAGAUUUGUAACUCUUGUUCAAAGGUGAUCAUGUUGCAGAAUGUAAUAAAUGAACUUCAUGCUAUUGGCAAUUUCAGAAACAUAGCUAAAAAUUUUUGGUCUAACCUCUCACAAAUAUUCAGCACAGAAUUAGAGAAGAGUCCAUUGGCAGUCAACCAAUCUAUUGAGAUUGAUUACCCAAAAUUACUGAAAUGCUUCAAUGAUUUACAUUCUAGACUAAAAUGCAAAGAUUUAGAAAUGAACCGUUCAUGUCUUUCCAAGUGGGAGAAUUCCUUCCUUUCCAAAUCACUUGGUAAACUUCUAGAGCCAGUUAGAAGCAUGUGGCAUUUAAACCAAGUACCCACUAUGGAUCAAAUAGAUAAUGCUAUAAGAGUUAUAACUGAAGCACUAAGUAUAUCUCUUGGUGAUAAACAACUGAGCAUAAGCUUGGCUAAUAGUGUUGCAAAGUCUAUAAAGCAGAUGAAUAUGGAGGCAGAACAAAGACUGUCAAUGGAUAGUGAUGUCGCCCAAAUUAUAGAAUCACCGACAAGCUCCCAGCAAAAGAAUGCAGAGCUCUGCAAUGCAAUGUACUACUUUUCGUCACUCAUUAAAAGAGUUCUGAUAAAUAUGAAUGCAAUGUUGCCUCCUGAAAGUAUUCAAAUUGUACAAAACAGUUUGAAAGAUAUAUCCAGUUUACCUGUCCUUCAGUUAUAUGCUGAAUCAAUUAAAAACUCACUUUAUAUCAUCCUUAUGACAAUGCAUGAUGAACCUGAUUUAACUAGAGCCGAUGAUCCAACUGGGAGAUCUUUGUCUUGCUCUCCAUACAUGAAGGAACUUCAACAAUUUGUCUCACGAUGCAAAGAUAUAUACUUGUCCAUGUUCCGUGAGAAGUCUGCUCUUACAGAGUGUUGUAAUAAUAUUGCUGUGGUCUGCAUUGAGAGGUUCAUACAACAUGUGUGCAAUGUUAGGCCCCUGAGCAAGUUUGGUAGAGUGAAACUACAAAUGGACUGCAAACAUUUGGAGACAGCUUUGUCUCCUUUAGUAAGUGACUUCACUGAAUUAGCAGAUUACUACAGGCAGUUGAAAGCAUUGUAUUUAAUAUUGGAGAAGUCACCUCAAGACAUUGCUAAGAGUCAAUCUGAGGGUGCAUGCUUACCAUAUUCUCUAGUUAUGAUGUAUUUGUUCUCGCAUGCUGGGCCCCAGUUGAUGGCGCCACAUACAUGUGCUGGAUGGAACAUACAGAAAUUAAUGCAGUGGCUGGAGACCCACAAGAAUGAAAGGGAGAGGAUAGAAUUUGUUGCUGGCGCUUUACAAAGAUACCAAAACCAUGUGAGAGAUAAUCAGAUCACAACUUAUGAUGAAGUUUACCCAGUAUUAUUGCAGCUGCUUGAAGAUGGUAGAAAGACGUUAAAGAAAUAAAUUUAAAAUAUAUAAGUAAUUAAUUGUUAUUAAUAUAAUUUAUAUAAAUAAAACAAAUAUUAGUAAAAAAUAACACUAUAUUUAAAAUAAACAUUUUUACAAUUACAA